AUGGUGGGCAAGCCAACGGGCAUUCAGGAGCUUGUGUGGGUGAAUUUGAACAAACUGCCGGCCAAUGUGUCGGUGCUCAUCUUCGUGGUGGCAGCCUACUCCGGCGGCUUCUUGGAGGACGUGAAGGAUGGGCGUUCGCACGUCUUUGAGGAGCGAGAGGUGCGGAAGACGUGGAUGGACGAAGCAGGCGACGGUGUUGAACAGCUCGAACUCGAAGAGGAUCUCAGCGCUAGAGAGACUCGAAGUGGCGAGACCAUUCAUGACCCACAUCCCAAUGUUCCCAGCUGUGCUGAGCAGGCACCACUUGGCUUGGGAAGCCCAGAGGAGUUGGGACAGGGGAAGGCCCAGCUUCGGCCAGUUGGGCCAGUUGGGACAGUGGCAGCCUGCUGCAAAGACCGGCCAGUUGGGAUUAAGACUCCAUGA